GGCCUCUCGACGUACUGUACAAAGCCUCUAUGUCAUGGCAUCAUCUCUAAUUAGUGGAAUUUGUCAGACAUGCAGAUGAUGCCAGCAGGGAAUCCUAAGAGUUGUUAAAUAGUUAGCUAAACCAAGGCCUUUUUCUAAAAUGGAGCUUUUCUCUCACGCUCUGACCACACGAGCACUAAAACACCCGCCACGGGCAUCCCUACAUUUGAGGAACUUGUUGGUUCCGUGCUUUGGGUUCGGGUUCACAAAUGGAAAUACAGACGCAGCAAAGACAGGGAUACAUGGAAACACUGAGGAAAAUCACCUCAAGGCAAAAGAGUUUUUCCACCUACACGGCAGGAUAUGGAGAUCGCUGUAUGGACUAUACCCUUACAAGGCCAGUAUGAUCGGUCUGGAGAGCCUGGCGGAUCCAUCGGGUGACUGGGACAUUGCGGAGACCAUCGGUAAAGGAACCUAUGGUAAAGUCUACAGAGUGAACAACAGGAAGGAUGGGAGUCAGGCAGCAGUCAAAGUCCUGGACCCAAUCAAUGAUGUCGAUGAGGAGAUUGAGGCCGAGUACAACAUCCUGAGGACCUUGUCCAACCACCCCAACGUGGUCAAGUUCUACGGCAUGUUCUACAAGUCAGAUGACCUCUCAGGCGGACAGCUCUGGUUGGUUCUAGAGCUGUGCAACGGGGGCUCAGUCACCGAUCUCAUCAAAGGCCUGCUCAUGCGGGGCCAGCGACUGCUGGAGCCCGUUAUCGCAUACAUUUUAUACGGCGCCCUCUUGGGUCUCCAGCAUUUACACAACAACCGGAUUAUCCAUCGUGACGUCAAAGGAAACAACAUCCUUCUGACCACCGAGGGAGGGGUCAAACUUGUUGACUUUGGUGUCUCUGCUCAGCUGACGAGUGCACGUUUGAGGAGAAACACAUCCGUUGGCACUCCCUUUUGGAUGGCACCUGAGGUCAUCGCCUGUGAGCAGCAGUAUGACUCCACGUAUGACGCCCGCUGUGACGUGUGGUCACUGGGCAUCACAGCCAUAGAGCUGGCUGAUGGAGACCCCCCAUUGUCCGAGAUGCACCCCGUCAAAGCCCUCUUCAAGAUCCCACGAAACCCUUCCCCUACGUUACGCAACCCAGAGGAGUGGUGCAGAAGCUUCAGUCACUUCAUUGCCCAGUGUCUGAUAAAGGAUUUUGAGACUCGUCCGUCUGUGACCCACCUCUUGGAACACCCCUUCAUUAAACAGGCCCAUGGCAAAGAAAUGGCUCUCGGUCAACAGCUGUCCACACUAAUCUGCGAGCAACAAGACCUGGGCUGCAAACUCAAGACCAAGCAUGAAAGAAUCAAUACUCGUAAAACACUCAUAAUAGAGACAAGUCCUGAUGAUGAUCUGGUGAACCUGGAGUUUUUAGAUGAGGAGACCAUCAUCAAACACCUCUCGAAGAGAUAUGACGAGCUGCAGAUAUACACAUACGUUGGAGACAUCCUCAUCGCUCUCAAUCCUUUUCAAACUCUAAGCAUCUACUCGCCACAGUUCUCUAAGCUGUACCAUGGGGUGAAGCGAGCAGACAAUCCUCCCCACAUCUUUGCUACUGCUGAUGCAGCAUACCAGGGCAUGGUGACCUUCUGCAAAGACCAGUGCAUCAUCAUCAGUGGAGAGAGUGGAGCUGGGAAGACAGAGAGUGCCCAUCUGAUUGUCCAGCAUCUCACCUUUCUGGGAAAGGCAAACAAUCGGACGCUGCGGGAGAAGAUCCUCCAGGUGAAUCCCCUGGUAGAGGCGUUUGGCAACGCGUGCACGGCCAUUAACGACAACUCCAGUCGCUUUGGGAAGUACCUGGAGAUGAAGUUUACCCCCACCGGGGCCGUCAUGGGGGCCAAGAUCUCAGAGUACCUGCUGGAGAAGUCCAGGGUCAUCAAACAGGCCACGGGAGAGAAAAACUUCCACAUAUUCUAUUACAUCUAUGCCGGUCUGUAUCACCAAGAGAAGCUGAAGAAGUACAAAUUACCUGACAAGAAACCCCCCAGAUAUAUUGAAAAUCAACAUGGCAAAGUGAUGCAGGACAUUGUCUCCAGUAAACUGUACAAGGAGCAGUUUGAUGCCAUUCAGGACUGUUUCCGCAUCAUUGGCUUCACUGACGAGGAGGUCAAUUCUGUAUACAGAAUUCUCUGCGCCAUUUUGAAUACAGGAAAUAUUGAAUUCACUGCCAUUACUUCCCAACACCAGACUGAUAAAAGUGAAGUGCCUAAUGUUGAGGCCUUGGAAAAUGCUGCGGCCUUGCUCUGCAUCGGCCCCGAGGAGCUCACGGAGGCCCUGACGUCCCACUGUGUGGUGACCCGUGGAGAGACAAUCAUCCGCACCAAUACUGUAGACAAAGCCACCGAUGUCCGGGACGCCAUGUCCAAGGCUCUGUACGGACGCCUCUUCAGCUGGAUAGUCAACCGCAUCAAUGCCCUCCUGCAGCCUGAUAUGAAUAUCUGUGUGGCAGAAAGUGGCAUGAAUGUGGGAAUACUGGACAUCUUUGGAUUCGAGAACUUCAAGAAGAACUCCUUUGAGCAACUCUGCAUCAACAUUGCAAAUGAACAGAUUCAGUUUUACUUCAACCAACACAUUUUUGCCCUGGAACAGAUGGAGUACCAGAGCGAGGGGGUGGAUGCCAGCCUGGUGGAGUAUGAGGACAACCGUCCUAUCCUGGACAUGUUCCUCCAGAAGCCCAUGGGCCUGCUCUCUCUGCUGGACGAGGAGAGCCGCUUCCCUCAGGCCACCGACCAGACCCUAGUGGAUAAAUUUGAGGACAAUCUCCGCUACAAGUACUUCUGGAGACCAAAACGUUUUGAGCUCUGCUUUGGAAUUCAGCAUUAUGCUGGCAAGGUGUUGUACAAUGUGAACGGGUUUCUUGAGAAGAACCGAGACACACUCCCUGCAGACAUUGUUGUGGUUCUGAGAACAUCAGAGAACAAACUUCUGCAGCAGCUGUUUUCAAGUCCAUUGACAAAAACAGGUAAUCUGGCCACUUCCAGGGCGAGAGUCACUGCUGCUUCAAGGUCACUGCCACCCCAGCUCAGUUCAGGACGCAACAAGUCUCCCAAAUACCUAUUGAAGGUGGACACCAUGGAGAUGAUGCGACACCCUGAGGAAACCACCAACAUGAGGAGACAGACAGUGGCCUCCUACUUCCGGUACUCCCUGAUGGAUCUGCUGUCUAAGAUGGUGGUGGGUCAACCCCACUUUGUGCGCUGCAUAAAGCCCAACGAUGACAGACAGGCGCUGCGCUUCUUUAAGGAGAGGGUGAUGGUGCAGCUGCGCUACACCGGGAUCCUGGAGACAGUGAACAUCCGCCGCCAGGGCUACUCCCACCGCAUCCUGUUCGAAGAGUUUGUUAACAGGUAUUACUACCUUGCUUUCCGGGCUCACCAGAUGCCUGACUCCAGCAAAGAAAAUGCCGUUGCCAUACUGGAGCGGGCCAAACUAGAGAACUGGGUCUUAGGGAAGACAAAGGUGUUCCUGAAGUACUACCAUGUGGAGCAGCUGAACCUCCUGCUGAGAGAGCUGAUAGCACGGGUGAUGGUGAUGCAGGCCUACACCAAGGGCUGGCUGGGGGCGAGGCGCUACCGCAGAGAGAAGGAGAAGAGGAACCGUGGGGCCGUCGUCAUCCAGUCAGCCUGGAGGGGCCACACUACCCGGCAGAAUUUCAAGCGAACCAGAAAGGAGAGGGAAGACGCGGCUGUUUGCAUACAAUCAGCAUACAGGGGCCACCGAGUGCGUAAAGACCAUGGAAUCCAGAGGCACAGAUCUCACCCAGGGGCAGGAGGCCACACUGACAGGAACGAGUAUUUUGGGUAUGAUGGCAGACACACUUCCAAUGAUCACAGAGAGAAGGUUGCUUCCGACCGCCAUGAUAAACAACUGAGAAAUGACAGCAGAGACAAAGUCAGAGAAGGCACAGUAGUGAGGCCUUGCAGGGAGACAGGCAGCCUGCGAGACACACAGUGUAAACAAGGUCCAGUGCUCAAGCUGCAGCAGCGAACCCCUCGCCGGCGGGGCCAGCAGCCCAAACUGCUGAACAGCCCUGAAGACAGUCUCUAUUACAACCAGCUAAAUAGAACUCUGGAUUACCAGGGGAGCAAGAGGAAGCCGAGAAAACUUGGCCAAAUCAAAGUACUGGAUGGAGAGGAUGAGUACUACAAAUUAUUGUCAACGGUGGAAUCAAUCCCUGAGGAAGACUAUUUGACCGGGCCCCCUCCCACCCUGUCAAGAGGGCCACUCGUCAGUCAGAGCUGAGUCUUACAACCCCUGUCAACCGAUUGCUUUCUUUAAACCUGACGUCAACCAAAAAGAACUGUAUAUUUUGUCCGACUUGAAUUGUACUGUAUAUUGUAAUGACCAUGGAUGAUUUAUUUUCCUGUAAGUGGAUGUGAAAGCUGUCCUUUUCUUAAGUGAUUGUGUGUUUACAUGUCUGCAUUUUGAUUAGCAAUAUGAAUUGCCCCAAAAAAAGUGAUUGUGAAGGCCAUGAUCAAUAGUCUUCGUUGAUGUCACUUAUCCAAAAACAUGAACUUGAUAUGAAAUUGUAAAUAGCAUGGUUUAUCAUACAACUCGUGCUAAAUCAUUUACCAUAAGUCACCUUUAGUGUAAUGGCUGGCUUUAAUUGCUAUUAUUUUUUCAAUGUAUUCCACUCUAUACAGUAUAAUGUCAAAUAGCAGCUUAUUGUAAACUUGUAAUUCACCCCCAUGUGGAAUCAGUUGUAGCCAGUAGUACUUGCAGAUAGGCAUUUUUAUGUUGAACUCGCUGCAUACUGAUUUUACACGUACAUGUUCUCACUAUCUUUCUUUGUAUCAACAUUGUUUUGUACCAUUCUAAUAAAGUGAUUAAAACAAAUCAAAGAUACAACAUUA